AUGAGUUCGGGUAUCUGAUUAAAUACCUAUCCCUAAGACUAUCCAUAAACCGGAUUCGGUGGAUACUGGAUUGCUUAUCGGACCUAUCAAUUUUUUUUUUGGAUUUUUUCUAGCAGCUUCUACAAAGACAGAGACGGCCACUGCAUAGAAACGAGGAGCAAAAACUGAAACAAGAUUGAAUUGGAAUCUAUCUUUACUGCUUUUUAGUCGCAUCUAGAAGAAUGAUUAAUCUUUUGGUCUUUUUGUAGAAAGGACGAUUUGGUCAUAAAGUCACAAAGAGGGGAAAUUAAUUAAAGACACAGAGAAGAUGCGUAAAGAGAGGGAUAACAAAAGACAUAGGCGCAAGCCCAUCACUCAAACUGUGAUGGCUUUCCUAGAGUGUCUGAAUCUCAGACGAUCAUCUUCUUCUUCAGACGCAGUUAAAGCUAAAUCAAGAAAUGAGAAGGAAGAAGAAGCUUCACAUGUUAAAACUACAGCGAGGAGUCUCAACGUGGCAAGUAAACGGACAAGGAAACCGAUGGUGAGCUCGGGGAAAAGAGGUGGAGUUAACAAGUACGACAUGUAGCUAUAGUCUUUCUUAACUUUGUUAUGAUGUAGAAUUAAAUACUCUUGUUUACCAAUAACACUAAAAGAAACUUGAUGCACGUCUUAUGAUU